CACUUCUCAAGAUAGUUGCGGUCUGAAUUUGGCGGAGUGAGCAGCAGCAAUAUGAACUGCGUGAGAUUCAUCUUUCUGCUAAGCUAUUUUUGGCUUAGUUCGUUGGCUUGUGAUCAAAGUGAUCCCCUGGUGGUGGAGCUUCCUCAGGGCAAACUACGUGGCCGCGAUAAUGUCAACUACUACAGCUACGAAUCGAUUCCCUAUGCUGAACCCCCAACGGGUGACCUGCGAUUCGAAGCGCCUGAACCGUACAAACAAAAGUGGUCGGAUACCUUCGAUGCCACGAAACCACCAGUGGCUUGUCUGCAGUGGGAUCAGUUUAUUGUGCUAGACAACAAAUUGACCGGAAAGGAGGACUGCUUAACUGUCAGCGUCUACAAGCCAAAGAAUUCCAGCAGGAGCAGCUUUCCUGUGGUGGCCCAUAUUCAUGGCGGUGCCUUCAUGUUCGGCGGAGCAGAUCAGAAUGGACACGAUGACGUGAUGCAGGAAGGCAAAUUCAUUCUGGUGAAGAUAAGCUAUCGCUUGGGGCCAUUGGGUUUCGCAAGCACCGGUGAUAGGGAUCUUCCCGGAAACUAUGGACUGAAAGAUCAACGUCUAGCCCUGCAGUGGAUUAAGAAAAACAUAGCGUGCUUUGGUGGAGAACCGGAGAACAUUCUGCUCAUUGGACAUUCAGCUGGAGGAGCUUCAGUUCAUCUGCAGAUGCUUCGCGAAGAUUUUGGUCAGUUGGCCAAGGCGGCGAUCUCUUUCAGUGGAAAUGCUUUAGAUCCUUGGGUUGUCCAGCAGGGUAGCCGUGGACGAGCCUUUGAACUUGGACGCAUUUUGGGAUGUGGAAUGGCUGCAGAUUCGGCCACCCUCAAGAAAUGUUUAAAGUCCAAGACAGCCAAUGAAAUAGUCACAGCUGUGCGAAACUUCCUAGUAUUUUCCUAUGUGCCCUUUGCACCGUUUAGUCCGGUAGUGGAGCCCGCGGAUGCUCCAGGCGCCUUCCUUACCCAAGACCCAAGGGAUGUUAUCAAAAGCGGAAAGUUUGGACAAGUUCCAUGGGCGGUGACCUAUGUCACUGAGGAUGGUGGCUAUAAUGCCGCCUUGCUUUUACGAGAAUGGCAUGGAACUGGGAGGACUUUCCUUGACGAACUUAACGAUCGCUGGUUGGACUGGGCACCGUAUUUACUAUUCUACAGGGACUCAAAGAAAACCAUCAAGGAAAUGGAUGAUUACUCCCGGGCAAUUAGACAAGAGUAUGUGGGCAAUGAGAGAUUUAGUAGGAAAAACUAUUUGGCAUUGCAGCGGCUCUUUACGGAUAUCGUUUUCAAGAAUAGCACACAGGAAGCUUUGGACCUUCAUCGCAAGCAUGGAAAAAAUCCCGUCUACGCUUAUGCAUAUGACAAUCCAGCCGAUAGAGGAAUCGCUCAUUUCCUAGCCAUGAGCUUUGACUCUACUUUUGGAACCAUACAUGGUGAUGACUACUUCUUGAUAUUUGGAAACCUUGUAAGAAAUCCUCUGUUACGUUCGGAUGAGAAACGUAUUUCGAAAAAUUUCAUCAAUAUGUUAGCUGAUUUUGCUGUUAGUAAGCAGGGCAUUCUGAAAUUCGGUGAUUGCACUUUCGAAGAUAAUGUGGGCAGUGAAAAGUUCAACUUGUUAUUCAUAAACAGGGACGGAUGUGAGAAUAAACAAUAUGUGCAGUUUCCCUAAUGUUUUCCAACGAAAUAAAUGUGUUAUUGAUUAUAAAGUA